AUGAUCAUCACAAGAUGGGAUGACCGAGAACUGGGUAUGAUCAUCACAAGAUGGGGUGACCGAGAACUGGGUAUGAUCAUCACCGGAAAUGGUGAAAUGCUGACGUGCCACACCGUCCAGUCCUGUUUUGGCUACACAGAUCGACCCAACGACUUCAUUGAACCUCAGCUUUCCCCCGUGGAGAUACAGCGGGGAGUUAACCUACAAUUUGCCCCGAGUCAGUAUGACGGCCUCAAUUUCCCGAUUCUGCCGUUCAAAGUCGACGAGGCUGGGUUCCGCACGUGCAACAAAAGCCAUGGGCUGCCCGUUCUGCAAGAGGAGAGCAAUCAGACAUUUGCAAUUCCAGCAGAGUUGCUUCCUGUAGGAGUUCAUUAUUUCAUCGUGGACAUGGACGAUGACCCCCUCAUCCGCUGUGAGUUCGGCCUCCGUUUGAACGUGACUGUGAAGGACAACAAUUGUCGCCAUGGAGACGGCCCAUCCUGUGAAGGUCAAGGUCUCUGUGCCACAAGGAAAGGGGAGGCGAACUUCACCUGCUCCUGCUGCGGGAACUUCCGGGGAGACUACUGCGACGAGUACGACUCCUGCCUGAGUGAUCCCUGCUACGGCGGUGGUCAGUGUGAGCACAAGAACAACGACAGGCGGGGCUUCCAGUGUAGCUGCAGACUCGGUUAUCGGGGGGAUCUUUGUGAAGAAAGGGUUGACGAUCUUUGUGACCUUGACCUUUGCAAAAACAAUGGCACGUGUAUGGGGAAUGCCACGCACUUCACGUGCACCUGUCUCCAUGGUUACACGGGCUCCCACUGCGAGGUGGACAUCAACGAGUGCGCGGACGCCCCCUGCAAACAUGGCGGCAUGUGCGUGGACAGAAUCGCAGGAUACGAGUGUUACUGCGUCCCAGGGUAUCAUGGCGCCGACUGUGAGAAGAAGUAUGACGAGUGCCUCCACAACCCAUGCCUCCACAACGGCGCAUGCGCAAGCCUUAUCGACAGCUACAAAUGUCACUGUCCGACCGGAUAUAGUGGUCACAUCUGUGAAACCAAGGUCGAACUGUGCCGGAAGAACCCCUGCUUUAACCAGAGCGCAUGCGUGGACCUGGGGAACACUUACAAGUGUCACUGCCACCCGGGAUUUACAGGUCACCACUGCGAAGUGAACGUCAACGAGUGCGCCUCCAACCCCUGUCUGAAUGGCGGGACUUGUCGUGAUCACGUGAACGGAUAUCAGUGCCUGUGCCACGAAAUGCAUGCCGGUCCAAACUGCCAAUACACACUGGACAUGUUCGCUCCGUUCCUGGAGGGCAAACCACGUGGUGUCUCGGACUCCCAGCAUUCCUACCACGUCCGGAACUUGUACAUCGUGGCCGGAACUCUGUCCGGCGCCAUCUUGAUCGUCGUAGUCGUGCUGACGGGCUGCUACUGCCGGAUGCACGAGAGUUACAAGAAAUUCAAUUUCAAACGCUUGAAGUACAGACGACACAAAGACAUGGAACCUGGCGAGUCCACCGUGGAUGUCAGCAGCGUCGCAUGUCCCCGCCUCUCCAUCGACGCCAUCUGGGAGGCCACCAGCCUCAGCUACGACAACAGCCAGCUCCAGUCACCGCUUCACAAGGACUCACUCAAACACAUGAAGAUCUGAGGAGUUCUCAUCAUGGGUGUUCUGACCAAAUUUUCCUGUGACAAAAGGGACUAUUUUUUCUGGGAUUUAGGGGAAAAUUGUUAAAACGAUGUUGAUUGACAUGAAAUAUUAACUUAAAUGAGAUGUUAUUUUUCGUUCACAGAUUUGAGUUUAUGUUAUCAUCAGAUUUUAUUCAUAUAAUAAUUCUCAACACUGAAAGGUUUGGUGUGUAUAAUGUAGGGUGUUGUACACAUGUUUGUCUGAUGAAUGUCAAGCAUAAUUCCAUCUAGCUUGUCGCAAUAACAACAGAUGUUCUUCCUGUAUUGUCCAAGGCGAUGUCCUAGGUGAGAUUGUCCGGUUUGCAGAUUGUACUAAACAAUAACUCGUGCACACGCUGUCACGUGUGAAUAAUUCAAUAAUUUGAAUAAUUAAAACAUUCAUUUCACAAAA